AUGGGGAGAAGAAAAGUGACACACCAAUUGAUUUCCGAUGCCGCGACUCGCCGAGUCACGUUCCGGAAACGCAAAGAAGGUUUACUGAAGAAGCUCAAGGAACUGACCAUCCUCUGCGGUCUACGCGCCUGCGCCAUCAUCUACAGCGACUACAAGGAGGGUCCCGAGGUCUGGCCAAACCGUAACGAGGUACGUGUGCUUCUAAACCGGUUAAGUGAACUCCCGGUUGAGAAACAGACCAAAUACAUGAUGGACCAGAAGGAUCUCAUGACGAGGAUGAUCCAAGACGCUGAGAAGAAGCUCGAGAAGGAGCAGAUGUUUGGGCGUUCGAUGGAGCUUGGGAUGGCUGCUGCGUUCCGAGAUCUAGACGACGCUGAUUAUUCAGAGGAGCUGGUUAAGGCGGCUGAUGUGGUUGCGAAGAGGAUCAAUGUCAUCAGAGAGAGAAUCGAGGCUUUGGAAUCUGGAGAAGCCUUCGUCAAGGAAGAAGAAGACGAAGAAUAG